UAGAGCCAUUUUAGAGGUGAAAUAUGGCUUUUGGUGACCUCUUGGAUCAGGUGGGUGGCACGGGGCGCUUUCAGAUCGUGCACGUGACCCUCCUGUCCAUACCUGUCCUGAUGAUGGCCAGUCACAACCUGCUGCAGAACUUUGUGGCCGCCGUGCCGCCUCACUACUGCAGCGCCCACUCCAACGUGUCUCAGAGCCAGCUGAGCCCGGAGGAAAUCCUGCAGAUCACAGUGCCACUGGACCACAAGGGAAAUCCACACAGAUGCCAGCGUUACACUGCUCCACAGUGGCACCUCCUGGAUAAGAACGGGAGCUCCUAUUUUGGGCAGCAGUGGGAUGCUGAGGAUGCUGAGUUGCAGGGAUGUGCAGACGGAUGGUCCUAUAACAUGACUGAGAUGAGCUCCACAAUCAUAUCAGACUGGGAUUUAGUGUGUGACAUGCGCUCCUUAAAGCAAAUGGGACAAACUGUCUACAUGGGAGGUGUGCUAGUAGGAGCCAUUGUCUUCGGAGGCCUUGCAGACAGAUAUGGCCGGCGCAUCCUGGUGCUCAUUUCGAACCUGCUGAUGGCGGUGUCUGGCACAGGCGUUGCUUUCUCCACCUCCUUCUCCAUGUACUGUCUGUUCCGGUUCGGCUGUGGCAUGGCUCUGUCCGGCGUGGGACUCAACACCUUCUCUCUCAUUGUGGAAUGGAUCCCUACCCGCGUGCGAACUUUGAUGGGGACUUUAACAGGCUACUGCUACACGGUGGGCCAGCUGAUCCUGGCCGUCAUCGCCUACUUCCUACGAGACUGGAGGUGGCUGACCCUGGCCGUGUCUUUGCCUUUUUAUGUCUUCUUCCUGAUUGCUUGGUGGUUUCAUGAAUCUGCAAGAUGGUUAGCCCUAAAUAACAAGCCCGAUAUAGCCGUGAAGAACCUCCAAAGUGUGGCAAAAUUCAACGGACACAAGGAGGAAGGGGAAAAAAUUAAUAUUAAAACGCUCCAGGAGUCCAUGAAGAAAGAGCUGUCCAGUGCGCAGGGCUCCUACACCGUCCUGGAUCUGUUUCGGACACCCCAUAUGAGGGUCAUGACCCUCAGCCUCAGCGCUGUCUGGUUAUCAACCAGCUUUGCGUACUACGGUCUUGCAAUGGAUCUGCAGAAGUUUGGGGUGGACAUCUACUUGAUACAAGUCAUCUUCGGGGCCGUCGACAUCCCGGCUAAAAUCGCCAUAACUAUCUGCAUGAGCUUUAUCGGCCGCCGGCCUUCACAGUGCGGCGCGCUCAUCAUCGCUGGAAUCACUAUUUUGAUCAACUUGCUGGUGCCUCUUGACAAACAGACCGUACGCACCUGUCUGGCCGUGGUGGGAAAAGGUUGUCUCGCCGCAUCCUUCAACUGCUGCUACCUCUACUCAGGAGAGCUGUACCCAACCAUAAUCCGUCAGACCGGUAUGGGAUGGGUGUCCAUGAUGGCUCGUGUCGGCGCCAUGGUGGCUCCGAUGGUGCUCCUCACAGGCGACUACAUCGCCUGGCUGCCCGGUUUGAUCUAUGGAGGGGCUCCUAUCAUCAGUGGGCUGGCCGGGGUAUUCCUCCCAGAGACUCUUGGCGUUCCCCUUCCUGACACAGUGCAAGACGUGGAGGAAAGGGGAUCUGGGAUACGAUCCAAACCGUCACCAAAGGAGACAGUAAUCUUACAAGACACCCAGGCGAAUCUCCUGAAGCAGGCUGCCUGAGGCCAUCUGUACUGUACUCCUGACGUUUCUGCUGACAUGGUAAUGAGAGUAGAGCGGGUACUGCUUCUUUUCUGUGGCAUUGAUUUCCAUGAAGAGUCCGUCGUGUUGCACGACCUCUGGAGAACGGGUGCUGCAGUGCUGUUGUUGAACAGGUCAAUAUGAAGAAAUCACUGUUGUGGACAAUCAGAUUCAUGUUUAGUUCAGACACAAAGUAA